AUACCUACCUGUUUGCCUGUUCUACGAUUAUGGCUGCCAAUAUAGGAGACCAGCAUUCUUCAGAAUGGGUUUCACAGUACAACCUGGGUACUGCAAGCACCAGAGAAAACAGGAUGGAAGGCCCAAUGCAUGAGAACCCCGAAUGGGAGAAGGCCCGGCAAGCGCUGGCUAAUAUUAGCAAGGCCAAUGCUGCAGCUACUUCUGGCAACAGUAAAGGUGCCACCAACGGUCAAGCUAACACACAGUACACAGCACAGCAAGGAGAAUCCCUGCAGCAGCAACAGCAGUACUACCAGUGGUAUCAACAAUACAGCUAUCUCUACCCCUAUAAUUACUAUUAUCCUAUGCAAAAUGUCUACUCUGGGUAUGGUUCUCCUGGGCAAUAUGGUGUCCCAGGCUCUUACUCCUCAACACCCCAACAGCCACCAGUUCCUGGGCAGCACCAAGGGAGUAUGAGCCAGCCUCCCAUCCCAGGCAUGGAAGAUGGAGGGAUGUCGUACUCAAGCCAGCCUCAGCAAAUGCAAAUCCCUAACCCGCCACAGUCCCCUAUGCAGCAUCCCAACCACCCUUCACAGCAUAGCAACCUACCCAUGGGCCCUGGGGGGCAGCAGCAGCAGGGUGGUCCUCCUGGAGGGUUGCACUCUCAGCCAAACCAGUCAAGUGCCUCCUAUAACCAGCAGCAGCACUCUUACCAGGAAGCAGCCAAGCCCAAGAAAGGACAGCAGCUGUGGAACCACAUGAAACAAGCACCUGGGUCUGGUGGUCUAAAAGUCAACCUUCCAAAGCGUCCCUUUGUAGUAACAAAUCAGAACUUCAGCUCUUUGGAGCAGCAGCAGCAACAGCAUCCAAACUUUGGCUCCCAGCAGAAUUCAGAGAAACGUCACAAUCACAGUUCUUCAACGGGUAAGCCUGAAGAUUGGCCACAGGACAUGAAGGAAUAUGUCCAGCGUUGCUUCACUGCUUGUGAGUCAGAGGAGGACAAAGACCGCACAGAGAAGCUACUUAAGGAGGUCCUACAGGCCAGGCUGCAGGAUGGCACUGCCUAUACCAUUGACUGGAGCAGGGAACCAUUGCCUGGCUUGGGCCGAGACAACUUGUCUGAAAGCCCCAAGAAAAAACAGCAGCGCUGGGAAGUGUCUUCUCUCCACUCGCCAUGUGCCUCUAUGCAAUCAAGCCUUGCUCAACAGCAGCAGAGGAGCGGGGGCGGCAAUUCCCAGCCCCAGCGAGGGGGAGGUAGCGGAGGAGCUGGGACUGGUCGGACUCAUGGGAAUGCCUUCCCCACCAAAUUUGGAAACCGCAAUGUUUUCAUGAAGGAAAACAGCUCACCCUCAAGUGUUGAUUCACGUUCUAGGUCAAGGUCAUCAUCCCGAUCUCCCAGUCGCCACUUCCGAAGAAGUGAUUCAGAUUCAGACAGCUCCUAUUCUGGAAAUGAGUGUCGCUUGGGUGGCCGUCGGAAUACUCAGAAAAACCGAGGGCGUGGAGGCCACAUGGAUAGAGGGCGGAUGAGAACACAGCGAGGAAAAAGACAUGAUCAAGGUCCUCCCAAACGCAAUCGGAAACGCAACACUAUGGAUUAUGAAGACCCUGAAAAGGAAUUCAAGAAGGAACGGAGGGCAGCCCGCUUCCAGCACGGAGCCCAUCCAAAAAAGCUGCGUCUGGAACCUCUUAUCCUACAGAUCAAUGCUCUUGACACCGUUGGCUCUGAUGGCCUUGACUGGAAUGAGCUGAAGAUUGUAGGCACCUGCCAAGAUAUCACAAAGCAUUACCUGCGCCUCACCUGUGCCCCAGACCCCUCCACUGUCCGGCCUCUCUCAGUACUUAAAAAAUCUUUAUCUGCAGUGAAAUCCCACUGGAAAGAGAAGCAAGAUUAUGCCUAUGCUUGCGAGCAGAUGAAAUCAAUCCGGCAGGACCUUACAGUUCAAGGAAUCCGUGCAGAAUUCACUGUGGAAGUAUAUGAAACCCAUGCCAGAAUAGCUCUGGAGAAGGGUGAUCACGAGGAGUUCAACCAGUGCCAGACACAAUUGAAGUCUCUUUAUGCAGAGAAUCUUCCAGGAAAUGUUGGAGAAUUCACUGCUUACCGUAUUCUCUAUUACAUUUUUACCAAGAACUCUGGAGGUGCGUGGUGAGGCUGUUGGGAGAUAGUUUUGAGGCUAGUCUUUGAAUUUACUUCAACAUCUGGGAAUCCUUCCUGUCGUGGAUGAUUUCUGACUAACACUCUUUAAUAAACCUUUUGGGCAUGUU